AUGUACCUCCAGCACUCGGACAGCGAGAUCAAGAUCGCAGUCUACCGCUGUGGCUAUCCAGGAGAAUGGGCGGGUGCGUCCGUCGACGUGGCUCCUACCACUCUACGAAAUUUGUUGAAGGUCCUUGUUGCCCUGCAGGACGCUGCCGAAGCGCAGGACGGGUUUGUCAAGAGGGACAACAAGCGCGAGAGAGCAACGAUAGCUUUCCAACUAGAUGCUAGAUGGCACAGUGCUUUGGGCGUUGAGUGUGCCGGUCUGAUUAGAGGAAAGCCAAUUAUCACGUUCAGCUGA